AUCCGCAAAGUCGACUGACGACUACGCGAACCUCUCACCUCACCUCUACAGUCGAUCGAUCCAUUGAUCCAUCCUACACCACCGAAUUCGCUUCUCUCCUCCCCAAACAACUCAAGAACAACCAAACCCACACCAUUCUUCCCUCCAGAUCCACACCAAUUUGAUUCUGAUCUACGAUGUUCCUCGUCGAUUGGUUCUAUGGCGUUUUGGCUUCUCUAGGCCUGUGGCAAAAGGAGGCUAAGAUCUUGUUCCUUGGCCUCGACAAUGCCGGUAAAACUACACUCCUUCAUAUGCUCAAGGACGAGAGAUUAGUGCAGCAUCAGCCUACGCAGUAUCCGACCUCGGAGGAGCUGAGUAUUGGAAAAAUUAAGUUCAAGGCUUUUGAUUUGGGAGGACAUCAGAUCGCUCGUAGAGUUUGGAAGGAUUAUUAUGCCAAGGUUGAUGCUGUAGUUUACCUGGUGGAUGCAUACGACAAGGAGCGGUUUGCAGAAUCGAAAAAGGAAUUAGAUGCACUCCUUUCGGACGAGGGCCUGGCCAGUGUCCCGUUUCUGAUUCUGGGAAACAAGAUUGACAUACCUUAUGCUGCCUCAGAAGAUGAGUUGCGUUACCACCUGGGGUUGACUGGUGUGACUACCGGGAAAGGGAAAGUGAACCUUGCUGAUUCCAAUGUACGCCCUAUAGAGGUUUUCAUGUGCAGCAUUGUGCGGAAGAUGGGAUAUGGAGAUGGGUUCAAAUGGAUGUCUCAAUACAUAAAGUAGAUGAUCGAUUUUGAUUAUGGAUGGGCAUGAAGGUUGAAUAGAUUCUCAUGAAUCCUCUUUCGUUUUCUUUGGUGAGUGUGGGGAAGUAACGGCCCUCCAAAGAGGGGUAGGAGGAAAAGGGGAGACGAUUCUUUCAUUAUAAGCUGAAUUAUGUUAGAAAACUGUACGCAUGAACGAACGAACGAAUAGCGCUUUGAAUUUGUAAGUGGCAUUGAAUGAAUCCAAUUGUCUGAGUAAGACUAUUUCUUGUUUUGGUUUUAUAA